GCGCCUGCGCGGAGCCCGUAGAACCCCUUCUCGUGCAGGGCGCUCGUUGCUUGCCGGCGGCCAUGGGGGAGGCCGAAGUGGGCGGCACGGGCGCCCCAGGCGACAAGGGCCCAGGCGAGGCAGCCCCGAGCCCCGCAGAGGAGACCGUGGUGUGGAGCCCUGAGGUAGAGGUGUGUCUCUUCCACGCCAUGCUGGGCCACAAGCCUGUUGGGGUGAAUCGACACUUCCACAUGAUUUGUAUUCGAGACAAGUUCAGCCAGAAUAUUGGGCGCCAGGUUCCAUCCAAGGUCAUCUGGGACCAUCUGAGCACCAUGUAUGACAUGCAAGCACUGCACGAGUCUGAGAUUCUUCCAUUCCCAAAUCCAGAGAGGAACUUUGUCCUUCCAGAUGAGAUCAUUCAGGAGGUCCGAGAAGGAAAAGUGGUCAUUGAAGAGGAAAUGAAGGAGGAGAUGAAGGAGGAUGUGGACCCCCACAGUGGGGCUGAUGAUGUUUUUUCAUCUUCAGGGAGCUUGGGGAAAGCAUUAGAAAAAUCCAGCAAAGACAAAGAAAAGAACUCCUCAGACUUGGGGUCCAAAGAAGGGGCGGACAAACGGAAGCGCAGCCGGGUCACAGACAAGGUCCUGACUGCCAACAGCAACCCCUCCAGCCCCAGUGCCGCCAAGAGGCGCCGAACAUAGACUACCCAGGUGGCUACAGACGUUCCAGUGCUGCUGGCUCACGGCCUGUCUUCAGGCCCUGGGUGAAUGUGACCCUCCAGCAGAGGUGCUGGUGAGGCUUCCACUGUGUCCUGAGACCACCAGAUGGCAUGAUUGGUCCGCUCUGCUGCAUGGUGAAGCCUGCGAGCCAGCCUCUUGCUCUGUCCUAGUUGGCUCCCGCUAUGCCUACAGUGUGUGGAGAGGAGCAGGUACAUGGGACCAGAGGACCAAGGGUCAGCAAGCAAUAAGAGGCCGCCCUCACUGUCCUCAGGAGCCACUCAUCUCCCGGGAUGUCCGCUCCUUGUAUCUCCUUGUCCUAUCUAUAAGGCUCCACCAUGCACUGCCAUUGGGAGAAAGUGUCUUUGGAGUUCACACAGCACACACUGUGCACAGAAGGCCUCCCCAAUCUGGGAAAUGGAACUGGAUAUUUUGCCUCGUUCACUUGUACUGUAACAAUGUAUAUAAUUUGGUUGGUAUUUCACUAUUUAAUUUUUAAGAAGCCUAUUUUACUAGGGUUUUAUAUGAAGAGAAAUACUGCAGAAAUUAAGCCUGUGAUGUGUUUCUUCUGAGAGGUUUUGUUUUAAGGUAACUACUGAGAUAACCUCUGGCUCUGUUUUUAUGCCAGAUAAAGAGAUUUUUUUUAGCGGUUAUUUUUGUAAUUUUAGUACCUUGGAAACGACCAAAUAAGGGUGUGGAAUAAAGGAGCAGCAACCAGGCUGAAAGGCCAGUGGCCUGAUGGUUGAAAUACACUUUUAUUUGCAGAACAUAAAACAUUAAAAAUAAAUCGUCUUGGGAGUUGUGUGA